AGCCAUCAAAAUUAAGCUCCAGAUUUCCAAGGAGAGGAUGCUGCCAGCGAAUGAGUAAUGGUUUAGGAAACUAGCAGUCACACUGUCACAGAAACAACUCAAGCUGGUGCAAGUGUUUUGUUUCCAAAGUAUGGCCAAAGCAAAUAAGCAGUACCAAGUACAACACUGUAAGAGUUAGUCUUGUGAUUAUUUCCAGAUAAAAAUGUAGAGUAUUUGUAUGUUUAGCAUUAUUGAUAAAAGGCGAAACAGUAGAGGGGCACUGCCAUUAGUUAAACUCAAUCAUGAUUAGAAAUACUGAAAUAGUAGUCGCACCAUGACAAAAAAUGAAUAAUAUCAUUGAAUUAUGAAUUAUCAAAAACAAAACCUAUAUCACAUCUUGCUUGUUUGCUUCACUCAAUCGACUGAUGAACAACAAAAAGUGAGGAACUUUGAGCAGAUUGAAAGAAAGGUAAUAACUGAGACAAGAGUUUACCUCUGACGAUUCAAUUGAAACAAUUAAGGGAUUGUUUUCUGGGUUUCGAAGAUAGAGGGGUUUAGAGUUAGGGCAAAUCGCCGAUGAAGAUGGCCGUUCCCGUUUUGGGUGAGAAAGACGGAGAUUUCUUAGGGCUUUAAAUAUUAUUUGAAAAAAUGGUUUAAAAGGAGGGCCACUACUUGCUUUCCGUUUCUGGGUAAAGGAAGGCGCCCUUUGAUGCUUGUGAUAAACCAAAGCAUUGAGUAAGCUCCCGUUUUCAGCAUUCAAUGGCACAGCUUCAUCUCAACCACCAUUCUCUACUCUGCCUUUUCUCUUUAUUUCAUCCUCAUUUAUCUAAGACUCUAGCUUUACCCAAGUCGGCCGCACCCAGCAACACUAGAUCAUCAACUAAAUUCACCUUCCAGUCAACUUCAACAACUCCCCCUUCACUUAUCUGCAAAUCUAAGAUUGUAAGAUGUGCAGAAAGCCAUAUCUUCAAAUCCGUUGCAAUGUGCAGCCAAUGUUGGUAACAAUGCAGAUAGUUAAGGACAGCCACUUGGAGUUGCUCCAGAAAACUCCAUUUGGGCCAUUGUUAGAAGCAUUUCGUAAUGGCACGAUUUCCAAAUCACAUUGUAAAGAUUCUCAUACUCCCAUACUAAAUUUGAUCCAAAUUUUUAAUCCAGAGACCACAAGUUUUCAUUUUGGUUCUAGAGAUGUUGCUAUAAGUUCCAAAGACAUUUCUCAGAUUCUUGGACUGCCUCAACAUGGUGAAGCGGUUCUAUUCAGGCCUCCGGGUCCAAAUAGAUCAUACAAAUCGGACUUCACUUGGAGAUAUUUCUUGAGAGAAAAGAAGCCACGGAGCCGCAAAUUGAUACACAGUCUACUGAUAAAUUUAUUGAAUGGGAAUGAACGAACAGAUAUAGAAGAUGUAGUACGUCUUACCCUCAUGGAGUUAUUCACUACAUUCCUGUUUGCUCAUUCAGAAAUUUCCUGGGAUCUAAUGAAAUAUUGUGAGGACUUUGAAAACCUUUCAAGAUAUUCAUGGGCAGAAGCAGUGGGAGAGUUCUUAAAUAAAUCUUUGAAAGUCCAGAGCAAAUCUGAAAUUUCUGGAUGUGGGCUUCUUAUACCAUUUUGGUUGUGUGAGAAAACAAAUAUUAUCCAACCAAUCAGUGGGAGGGAAGUAGUUGAGGGACAUGUACCAACCCUAAUCAAAUGGAGCCUUCCAGAGCUUAACACCAAAAUGAAACAAAUAGCUAUCUGUGCUAUUCAGCCUUUCUUCAAGGAGCAAGAUGGCGUUAAAGCCGGAAUAAAUGGUGAAAAUGAAAUACAAGAGCACAAGGAAGGAGAAGUCGAUCAAGAUGAGCUAAAGAAGGUAGAGAAUAAGGAAAGAGAAUCAAGCAAACAAUUACGAGAAGAGGUACAGGAAAGAAGAAAGCUCCAACACAACGAUGAACAAUCUGAUGUGAAGAACAACUUGGACGAAAGGGAUGGAAAGAUGGAGAUCAAUACAGCUGAUCAGCUGAACUUUCAAAGUCCCUCUGUUGCAAUUCUACCGAGUCCAAGGGAUGAAAUUGAGGUAUUUCAAAUUGGCCAUGAAAUGAGGUCUCCACCAAAAGGAACUGCAGUAACCUUUAGAAAACAGCAACUGGAUCCCGAUUAUGUGUGUGAUGUAGUGCCUAACAAUAAAAAAGCAAAAAUACAACAUGCUCUAUCUGAUCCAACUCGUGCAGUACCUUCAAGGUCAAUUCAGGUUCCUGCUGGCAAGAAAGAUGAACCUAUUGUAAUAAUUGAGGACAGUUCUGCUUCAGAAGAAGAGGAGAGCCCAAGGAAAAGGAAAUGCUCUAGGAAAGAAUCCUUCCGUCUUGAAAGAUAUGAGGUAUUCAAAUUAAUGGAUGAUGAACAUCAGCAAAAGUUGAAAGCAUUCUGGAAUAUGGCUGGUACUAGGGGACUAUUUUGGAGCGGGAAAAAUGCAAGUGUCACACGUCAAGAUGUGGAAAAGUUAAUAAAAGAUACUGCAGUUGCUAGCAAUCUCAUUGAUGCAUUUAUGGAGCUAUUGGAACAACAGAGUAGUGUAAAAGAAUCAACAUACAUAUCAACUUUGUACUGGAAUUAUGUAUCAAUACAAGAUGCACGAAAGCAAAGCAAGAGAGGAAAGAUAGAUCAAGUGCGAGAUGAGGCUCGUGACAAAAUGGGAUUGAACCAGUUAGUUUUUGAUCCGCUAUUGAGGAGUAUGGCAAAAAUCGACUAUGUAUUCUUCCCAAUAAUAUCAAAGUUCCACUACUCUCUCCUCAUCUUAAACAAAAGUGAGAAGAAAUGGACACAUUACAAUCCUUUGAGGAAGAGGUCAGGACUUCAUAUUGAUCCAUGCUAUGAGGUCGCUAAGCAAAUGCAUCUAAUGAUACAGAAAUGGUUGCAUACAACCCAAAAAGAAGCUCCAACAAUGCUGCUGGAAGGAACAAAAAGGAAGAUGACAAGCAGAAAUCCAGAAAGCUGGGCAAUUGUGUCACUAACUGAAGAUGAAAAAAGAUCGCUAACUUGGAUGGUGGAUCACAAUAUUGACUUCAAACUAGAGAAUGAUCUCAAGUGUCCACAACAGGAUUUUAAAUCAUUGGAUUGUGGCAUAUUUAUUAUGUACUACAUGAAUCAACUUUCCCAAGGUCUUCGAGUUGAAGAAGAGAUCAGUCGGUGCAGAAUGUGGGAAUUCCGAAAACAUCUGAUUGAGUGUUUUGCGGAUCAUGAAAGCAGCUGGACACAGAGCUCAACCACAUGAGGAUAUGAAUAUGGGUUUCUAGUUCUGAACACUGGCGACCUAAAUGAGUAUUUCUGACCACAUUCUCACGUGAUUAAUAUAUAAUUGAAUAUGCUAUGCAUCUCAAGUUUGGUAUACUUAA